GGAGUUCCACGCAUUAGCUCUGCACUUUGAAGGAUCAUACCACUAAGGUUGUUCAGUUCAGGAAGCGAAUCAGACGGAAGUUUCGAGAAGAUGCCGGUCAUGGAGAAGCUGAAGAUGUUCGUAGUUCAAGAGCCUGUGGUGACUGCAUCGUGUAUCAUCGGUGGAAUUGGUCUCUUCCUUCCAGCCGUUGUAAGGCCAAUUCUGGAUUCCUUUGAAGCAUCAAAGCAAGUUCCUCAGCCUGUAUUAAGUGAUGUGGUUGCAAGUAUGACUGGAAAGAAAUAGGGAUGGAUGAUCAAUCUCAGCAACACAAGAAAUAGGCAUGAUCUUCUCUUCUGUCGUAAAAUAAGCCCUCUACAUUCUAAUCGGAUAUCAAGUUUGAUAGCGUAGCCAUUUUUAGACAUUACCUUGUUGUUUUAUGCCCAUACGUACGGCUGAUUUUCAAGAUAUUUCAGUUCUAAGUUUGAAGCCUGAGUAAAACUUGCAACUCCUUUGAUUGGUUUCCUACCAUUUGUCUCCAAAUAUUUAUACUGUUACAGGACUUCAGGAUGAGACGAUUAUGAACUAAUACACGAAAGUGAUGACUAA